UUGCAGUCGCCGUCCGGAUCAAGUCGCGAUGCGUCACGUUUGGCUUUGGAUGAAGCCACGUUUGAUUUAUUACGCCUUUCUUCACAACCUCCAUCAGUCUGGUAUAGUAGCAGUUCACGACUGCAACCAGCUGCUGAUCGCAUUCCAAAAUCCGCAUCGACAACAUCCAUGAACAAAGAUGGAGGAGUAUUAAAAUUAUCAAAUGCAUUUUCCUGGGAUACUGCUCGGUUAGGCGAUCAGGCGCGUGCUCGUGGCACCAGCCCAAUAGAUUCAUCGAAAGCUUACAUCGAUAGGGAUGGUCGACGACACGAAACUGUUACCAUUUAUACCGACGAAAGGAGGUCAGAGUGGAAUAUGAUUUUUCAUUUCAAAUCAAAAUUUCAAAAUGACAGACCUUAA